AUGUCAGUGCCAGGCGGCUGUGCCAGUACGGUCACAAUGUCAGUGCCAGGCGGCUGUGCCAGUACGGUCACAAUGUCCCUGCCAGACGGCUGUGCCAGUAUGGUCACAAUGUCAGUGCCAGGCGGCUAUGCCAAUACGAUCACAAUGUCAGUGCCAGGCGGCUGUGCCAAUAAGAUCACAAUGUCAGUGCCAGGCGACUGUGCCAGUACAACCACAAUGUCAGUGCCAGACGGCUGUGUCAGUACGGUCACAAUGUCAGUGCCAGGCGGCUGUGCCAAUAAGAUCACAAUGUCAGUGCCAGGCGACUGUGCCAGUACAACCACAAUGUCAGUGACAGACGGCUGUGUCAGUACGGUCACAAUGUCAGUGGCAGAUGGCUGUGUCAGUACGGUCACAUUGUCAGUGCCAGACGGCUGUGCCAGUACGGUCACAUUGUCAGUGCCAGACGGCUGUGCCAGUACGGUCAAAAUGUCAGUGCCAGACGGCUGUGUCAGUACGGUCACAAUGUCAGUGCCAGACGGCUGUGUCAGUACGGUCACAUUGUCAGUGCCAGAUGGCUGUGCCAGUACGGUCACAAUGUCAGUGCCAGAUGACUGUGUCAGUACGGUCAAAAUGUCAGUGCCAGAUGGCUGUGUCAGUACGGUUACAAUGUCAGUGCCAGAUGGCUAUGUCAGUAGGGUCACAAUGUCAGUGCCAGAUGGCUGUGUCAGUUCAGUCACAAUGUCAGUUGAAGCUAAAGUAUGCCUUGGAUCCUGA